UAUUAGCCGCGAUUUAGCUUUGAUUUAGGAGAUUUGUAGAUCUGCUUAGAGUAGAAAAUGUAAAAUAAUGUGAUUUAUCGCUUCCAAAAUUGUGUAGGAAAUCUGCCAUUUACGUUACCGCUGUGAUGGGAACAAUCUGCUUUUAUUAGACGGUUUAAGAAAAAUAGGAGAACAAAUAUGUGAAAUACAGCACCUGUGAAACAAUGGAUGUUGAAGAGCGGACCUAUGGUGGUUGUGAAGGCCCAGAUGCUAUGCAUGUGAAGCUGAUCUCUUCAGAUGGCCAUGAGUUUAUUGUUAAGAGAGAGCAUGCUUUGACCUCUGGCACCAUCAAGGCUAUGCUGAGUGGACCUGGUCAGUUUGCUGAAAAUGAAACCAACGAGGUGAACUUCCGGGAGAUCCCGUCUCAUGUUCUCUCCAAAGUCUGCAUGUAUUUUACUUAUAAAGUGCGCUUCACCAACAGCUCGACAGAGAUCCCAGAGUUCCCCAUUGCUCCUGAGAUUGCCCUGGAAUUGCUUAUGGCUGCAAACUUUCUAGACUGUUAAAUACGAAGGGUGAAUGUGUUAUAUUGUGACUGACCAUUUAUUUGCCAUCAUAUAUUUCUUAUGAUUUAUGAGUGUGUAUUUAUGAAUGUUUAGUAUUUUUGGUUCCACUGAGGUUUUGUUUGUUUGUUUUUUGUUAUGUUGUUAUUUCAAAUGGCUAGAUGAUUUGUGUUAUGUGUGCAGCGUUUUAAAUGUCUUACAAUCGUUUUGUAUUUGAAAGUUUUUUGCUGUUCUCCUAGUGUCAUUCGCACUAGAAAAUAAAAUGGAUAAUCCAAAUAUAUAA